AUGGCUGCCGACUUUGAUAAAGCUUGUGGAAAGAUUGGUCUACGACUAAAUCUCACAAAAACGAUGCUCAUGAAGGACGGAUUGGUUUCGUAUGCCCCACUCACGCUCAAUAGAACAAAUAUCUCCGAAUGCUCCAGUUAUGCCUAUCCAGCUCGGGAAAUCAACAUGACGAACGACUUAGCUCUACGGUUGAGCAGAAGGAAACAAUCGACUUGGAGAGCUUUCAAGAGCAUCGAGGAUGUAGUGAAAAGAACAGAAAGCACCCGAUUCCGUGCCCUCCUUUUCGAAUCAACGGUAUCUCCUGCCCCAACGUAUGCGUCAGAAACCUGGUCGCUGCGUAAGCAGGAUGAAAGAUCAUUCAGCGUUAUCGAACGCACAGUCGAAAGGGCGAUGCUAGGAGUAUCCCGUUUCGCACAAGUAAGAAAGGGAUCCGAAGCUCCUACCUACAUCGUCGAUGAAAAACCAAAGAUGCUGUUCUGUACGCCAAACAGUCGAAAAUAA